CUUCGCACCUGACGCGUUAAGUAUUGUAGGUAUUGUAGGUGUAAAAGACAUGUCUCGAAAGCGCGUUAAAUUGGGUCGCAAAUCAAAACAUGGAAAGGAGGACAAACCCAAAAUCGUCGACAUCGAUGAAGAUCAACAAACUAAGAAAAUAAAUAAGACUCCGGACGAGACGCACCUGUUGGACUUGCCGACGUGUGUGAAAAAAAAGAAAAAGUCUGCCAAACAAGUCCACGUCGCUUUUCUUCCAGAGAAAUACGAGCCACUGGUUGAGGAUGAAAUUACUGACAAACCACGACAAGACAAUGUCAAGAAAAGACAGGACAGAUAUAAAAAAUUCAGAAAAAAUGUGGGGAAAGCGCUCCGCUACAGCUGGAAGUGUCUGGUGGUUGGAUUGCAGAAUGUCAGCUUGGGUUAUUCAAUGCCAGUGAUCCUCCAGCGGGUCGGCCUGACAUUGGAGCAGCAGCGCCAGAGCUUCUGGUCCCUGGUGCUCGGGGAAUGUGGCCAGCCCUUCGUGUUGGCUCAACAGCUUCGGGACGCCAGUCGCAAACGGCUGGUCAGUGAUGACAGCGACGUCGACAGCAUCAUCGAUACGGUGGUACUGGAGCAGUUCGUGGCGUGGCUGCCCAGGAAGGCCACCCAGUGGGUCCAGUGCCACCGGCCGACGUCACUGACCCAGGCUAUCCAGCUGGCGGAGGACCAAAUGGCGGCGAACCCCUCCGAUCUCUCUCUCUCUCUACCCCUGGGUCUUCCCCUUCUUCCCCCCGUCCGACUCCCUUUCCCAGGUCCCGGCCGUAUCUGCAGCCGCGGCCAGCCCCCCACUCUCGGGGGACAACGGGAGCCAGAUUUUUCCCCGCCGCGAGGGCGUCGCCCAGGAAUGCGGACCCGUACAGCGGCCCUUCCACCAGCUCUCCCGUUCCUCCACCCUCAUCUCAUCAAUCCCUUGGCCUGCUUCCUGCUGCUAGGGCGGGGAGGAGGCCUGGGCCGGCCUGUUGGCAGUGCGGGGAUCCGGGUCAUUUUAUCGACCGCUGUCCCGUGA